AGGGCUUAGGCCCGAAACAUCGACUCUCCUGCUCCUCGGAUGCUGUCUGAGCCACUGUGCUUUUCCAGUGCCGGAUGCUCCAUCUGCAGUCCUCGCUUUCACGUCAAUGACAGUCACUCGAUCCAUUGGGACCGCAACAAUUUUCAGCUAUGAGUCUGUGAGAAGGAGCAAAGCUCUUUGGUUCCUGUUUCGGUCAAUUUUCAGCAUCAGGGAGACUGGAUGAGACGCCGUACUGUUAGAGCGCACUGAGUGUGGAGCCUGAAACAGUUAUACGGCCUGGGAAGAACGAGGAGGGGCUGCACACACGUUUGUGUGCAGCUGAAGCUUCAGCCAUGGAGAAACCCGAGGAAUCCCACCCCGUGGAGAAACCGUGGAAGUGCGGUGACUGCGGGAAAGGCUUUUCUUUCCCAUCUCUCCUGGAGACUCAUCGGCGCAGUCACACAGGGGAGAGGCCGUUCUCCUGCCCCGAGUGCGGGAAGGGCUUUACCCGCUCCUUCCACCUGCUGAGACACCGGCCGGUCCACACCGGGGAGAGGCCCUUCAGCUGCCCUGAGUGCGGGAAGGGCUUUACCCGCUCCUCCACCCUGCUGGCCCACCAGCAGGUCCACGCUGGCGAGGGGCACUUCAUCUGCUCUGAGUGCGGGAAGGGCUUUACCUGUUCCUCCAUCCUGCUGGCCCACCGGCGGGUCCACACGGGAGAGAGCCCUUUCAGCUGCCCCGAAUGCGGGAAGGGCUUCAACCGCUUCUCCCACCUCCAGACCCACCGGCGGGUCCACACCGGAGAGAGACCCUUCAUUUGUCCCGAGUGCGGCAAGUCCUUCAGCCAUUCCUCCACCCUGAUGACCCACCAGCUGGUCCACACCGGGGAGAGGCCGUUCGCCUGCCCCGAGUGCGGCCGGAGGUUCAUGUUGUCCUGCAAUUUGCGGAGGCACCAGCGGGGGCACCAGCGCUCCCAACAAUCGGAUUCUGACGCUGCUGUGGGUCACCCCCAGGACUGAACCUCCUGCCCGUUCUGGCAGUGGGUGUGGUGGGAGAGUCAGUGGGCUUUUAUUUUUGCUUUCUGCUGGUCUGUCUCCAUCCCCCACAGCAGCUCAGGAACGACACGGUGUGUGGAAGCUGUUCUUUGUCAGCUGACGGUUUUUGCAAACGUAGCUCUUAACUGAAACUGCAGGGUCUCAGGCAGGAAGCAGAAUAUAGGUCCAGCUAACUUGCUGUUUUUCUGCACAUCAAAACCAUAAGGCCUCCUGAGCUCAAACUGUGCAUAGUCUGUGUGAUGUAGGCUGUGUCAUAUGGUUAUCCUGUGGUUUGUAAGUAACUCUCAAUGUGUACAAUGUAAGUCCGUAGUGACCUGUACUGCUUUGGAGAAAGCACUGGAUCAUUCUUGAGGAGGUCUCUGUCUCUGUCUCUGUCUCUGUCUCUGUCUCUGUCUCUGUCUCUGUCUCCACCCCCCCCCCCAUGAUAUCAUGUUAAUAAAAUUUGUCAGUGCUCAAGGUCUGAUUCCGGGGAAUUUCUUCAACAAUUUGGAGUAGUCGGCAGGAUCCCUUCUUUACAGGGUCCUCAACAAACCUAAAAUUAUAAAAGAUCCUGUCCUGAGUCAACAGGCUGAUCCCAAGGUGGGGAAAGAUGCUGAGACAAGAGGGAGGACUGUUUCUCCACCGAUUAUAAAUCCGCAUUUUAGAACGAAAGAAAAACACUAUGUGGUCUGUGACUUCUAAAACAGGCCGUACCCGGAGACACUGAAAACUUAUCCCGCUGAGAAGGACGGCCCCCGUCCAUUUCUCCUCUUGGAGAAAACACAAGCGCGCAGGAACGCCACAGUAAACACGUUCGAUGCAAAAAAAAUAGGGGAUUGAAGCUCCUCUGAAAUAGAGGUUCAAGGCCCUUCAGGGAAAUAGGACAUUUUGGUAAAUCCUUGGUGAACUGGGCAACUUGAUAAAUCAUACAAAUUUGAAGGACAUUCAGUUUGAAUGAUUGCACGAUUGUGUGGUUGGGUGUGUUUGAGUGCAGUUGGGUGGGUGUGCGGUUCGGUGGGUGAGUGUGUGACAGCUCCCAAAAGAAUGGGCAACGAUAUCUGUCAUGAGGCGCACCCUCAGCAGGGAACACGUUGACUGCACUUGACAGUCCAUUAUGGGUCUGGUUCCAAAACAAAAACUUUGUCAACCAAUGGGUGAAAUGGACGCAAAGAACUGAGAAGCCAUUUCCGCCUGAUGGCACAUUUAAUUGCGAUUACAGAACACAGUUGGCAGAUAUUUUGAGAAAAUCAAAAAGGAGACAGAGUAAGACACCAGCAUUUAGUAUUGCGUUGAUUGAACUCACUGUUAACUCGUGGUCUGUUUUGAAUGUAACUUAGUUCGUUGGUGGUUACAUGUGGUCUCGUGUAAAUAUUUGUUGUAUUUUUGCUCCCUGGAGCUCGGGAUCUGGGAAAUGUUUUGAAUUAAGUAUACAUUUUGGAAAUCCAUGGUGAUUUUAAAGUGUUGUCUGUAUCAGUGUGGAUCAUGCAUGGUUAAUGCAAUGUCCCUUUUUUUUAAUUAAGAAAGAUUUUUUAUUCUUCACAAAAUUAUAAAACUUCAAAAAUAGAACAAUCUGAUAGCCAUAAACUAUCGUUGCUAUACUAACUAUUAAUCUACCACACAUAAUAGAAAAGAAAAACCACCC